AUGUUGAGCAGAAAUUUCUUGCGGGCACUCAUCAAUUAUGGACGGCAACUUUCAACAGUGGCUACUGCGAAUCGAAAAACGAUUUCGACUGACCGCAGUGCACAAUUGAAAGAAAUGUUACUGUCACCGAAAUUGGAGUUUAUCAUGGAAGCACAUAGCGCGUUAAGCGCAAAAAUUGUUGAAGAAACAGGCUUUAAAGCAAUAUGGGCAAGCGGUUUAUCAAUGUCAGCUUCAUUAGGUCUUCGUGAUUCGAACGAAGCAUCAUGGACUCAAGUUCUCGACAUUUUAGAAUUCAUGUCCGAUGCAACAAGCAUUCCCAUACUGGUCGAUGCAGAUACUGGCUUUGGCAACUUCAAUAACGCUCGUCGUCUCGUGCGUAAGCUUGAACAAUUGGGUAUUGCCGGUGCUUGCAUCGAAGAUAAGUUGUUUCCCAAGACAAAUUCACUGUUGGACAAUCGGGAACAACCAUUGGCUGAUAUCGAUGAAUUCGCUUUGAAAAUUCGUGCUAUGAAAGACACCCAACAAGAUCCGAACUUUUGCGUGGUGGCACGUGUCGAGGCAUUUAUUAGUGGCUGGGGUUGUGAUGAAGCCGUUCGUCGUGCUGAAGCUUACCUGGCAGCUGGCGCCGAUGCCAUUCUAAUGCAUAGCAAAAAGAAAGAACCGAAAGAAAUUGAAGAAUUCAUGAAGGUAUGGAAAAAUAAAGGACCAGUGAUUAUUGUGCCAACAAAUUACUAUCAAACUCCGACGGAAACAUUUCAUAAAUGGGGCGUAUCGGCUAUAAUUUGGGCUAACCACAAUCUGCGCGCAAGUAUCAAGGCUAUGCAAGCAACAUCGAAACGAAUUUACAACGAACAAACUUUAAUCAACAUCGAGCCAAAUAUUGUCAGUGUGAAGGAAGUAUUUCGAUUACAAGAUGAUCAAGAAUUAGUCAACGCAGAAAAGAAGUAUUUGCCAGCUAAAUCAAAAAACUAA